AUGGCAACCGCGGAUGGCUUAGAUGAUAAUUUACCAAAGAAGGACGACGACCUACAUUGUGAACCAUGUUUAAGUGAUGGACAAAGACGGAAUAUUGAAGGUUUUUGCAUCGAGUGCAAUGAAUAUCUGUGUCAUUCAUGCUUGGAUGCGCGCAGAAAAAUACGUGCAUUGAAAACUCAUCAUAUUAGAAGAGGAGAAGACAUACCAAGAAAGAAGCCCAAUAAUCUUAUUCAAAUUUCCUCUGAAAGCAGCUGCCAUGUACACACUGACAAUAAAAUAACAUCGUUCUGUAAAUCACAUAAGCAAUUAUGUUGUGACCAGUGUGUGAUUCUGGGGCACAAAGUUUGCACUGAUAUUAAGGCCAUCGGCAUUUAUUCCAAAGAAUUCGUGAACAGCGAAGACUUUAAAACGGCUUUUCAGAUGCUUAAGGACUUACAAUCCGCAUAUACCGCGAAGAAGAAAGAGGCAAACAUGAAUCUUGAGGAAGUUGAUCGUUAUUACCACAAGGCAAUGGAGACGUUUAAAGCUGAACUAGACAAAAUCAAGAUAUCAGAUAUAAGAACGUUAAAGGCUGUGGUCUCUACAUAUGACAGUGUUCUUGGCCAGCUUGGUUCCUGGUUUGAAAGUAUCGACACGUAUAAAAACAACAAUCAGGACAAUGAACUCGCCACCCUGGUGUUGAGGUCAAUAAAAGAUGUGGAUACGAUCAAAGAUAAUAUUCAAAGGUUAUGUAGCGACGACAGUAUUGUCAGAUAUGGCUUCGUGCCAGAUGAAACAUCACUGCUUCGUCUAGUCAAAGCACCUUUUCUUGUUCGGACGAUUACUAUCAAGCAUGAGAGUGACGAAAACACAUGUCAAAUCACAGACAUUGCGUUGUUACGAGAUGACCUGGUCUUAUUAGCGGACUACAUCAAUUUAAAACUAAAGAUAUUCGAUACUGGCAAUUCUACUCUUGUUUCAAACGUUAAAUUACAAUACAAUCCAUGGCAGAUAUCGGUUACAGAGCACGGUGAAGCAUACAUGGCAUAUUUUGGCUUACCUAAGAUACUCCACCUGAAGUCACCAGCGACAGACCUCACCACGUUCCGGGAGAUAGACGUAGACGGUAAAUGUUACGCCGUAGAAUGUUUCAACAAAACCCUGAAAGUUCAGUGUUUGACUCCUGCCAAAACUAUUGAAGUGGAUGGAGAAGGAAACCAAACCAGGAUUAUCAGCAAUGACUUAAGUAAGGAAACCAACGCGAAUGGAGAACAAUUUGUCACUCGUCCAUACUGGUCAACACAAGAUUCGACUACUGGGUCGAUGUACGUAUCAUGUAAUGGCAAAAAUUCAAUAACAGAAAUCAAAAGUGACGGUGGAAUUAAGUUAUUUGUGAAGUCAGACAAGCUGAAUUGUCCUAAUGGUCUGUGCAUGGACACUGAUGGUUCUAUACUUGUAUGUAGCUACAGUAGUAAGGACGUGUUAAGGGUAAAGAAAAAUGAAGACAUCCAGAGCGUAUUACCACAACCUUUGCACUUUAUCCCUAGGACAGUUGCUCUAGAUAAAAGAACAAAGCGUUUGUUUGUCGCUGGAGUUUCUGAUGAGAUGCAUGUGUUUCAAAUCUAA